AUGGUCAAAGUGAUCUCUGUGAAUGAGGUGAAAGCGCAGGGAGGGAAGCUCGUUUUCCUGGAAGCAUCAUGGGUGAUGUGCCCGAAGCCGAAUAUCCAAGAAUUCAAAGAGAAAUAUAAUGAGAAUUUUGAGGCGCUCACGAAAGCAAAGAAACAUCCCGAUUUUGAUCAAAGCCGAAUCCCUGGUGCACAACCAUUCAGUUUGGAAAUAUUUUGCCCACCCGGAGAACAAACUCGCUUCGACUUUUAUUCAGUUGACGUCUUCCAGAAGUUACUCCGAUUCCUUGGUGUGAAUGAAGGUGAUUCGAUUAUUGUUUAUGCUCGGGGACCGAUGGCCGGGAUGGCUUUUGCUGCGAGAGCCGCUUUUGUUCUACAGCUCUAUGGCUUUUCACCGCUCGUUCUGAAUGGAGGAUUGAGUGCAUGGGUGGCCGCUGGAGAACCGACGGAAAGCGGCGAAUGGACACACCCAACACAGGAGGGAAAUGUGACGGUGAAAUCGUUCAACGCCAAUCAUUCACUCAUCACUUUCGACGAAUUGAACAAAAAAGAUGCGGAAGGAGAAAGCACUUUCGAUCAUUUGGAUAAGAUCAAUUAUUUGGAUUGCCGGCCAAAAGAGCAAUUCGAUGAGGGAAAAGGGGCAACAGUUGGACCACAUUCGACCGGUUAUCGCUGCCGAGGGGCCCGCCAUUUCGGAAAUGGAUCUGUCUGUAAUGAGCAAGGAUUACUCGGACUGGAGGCAAUUAAAAAGGUCGCGUCAACGUUAAAACAAAACACCCCGACGGUGACCGCGUGCAACACUGGAUUGGGCGCCUCGCUUGCUUGGUUGGCUCUUGAUCAAGCUGGCGUGAAAGCACAAUUGUUUUCGGGUAGCAUGACUGAGAUCGCCACCCGGGCCUCCCAUCUCAUCAACGAGAAA